UAGUUUUGAAUCAUCAGUAGCCAAUAUGUCUAGCACAAGCGUACUAGUGUUGUUUCUAGCAGUGGUGCUUCUCACCACUCCAUCCAAUGCCGAUUACCCAAAACCACCUCCAUAUGAGCACAAGCCCCCCACUCCAAUUCAGAAACCUCCCCCAAUUGAGAAGCCACCAACUCCUAUUUACAAGUCUCCUCCAGUGAGCAAUCCAACCCCUGAACAUAAGCCACCAACCCCAGUUUACCAACCCCCUAAACCAUCAGUGCCAAUUCACAAGCCACCAACCCCAAUUUCUAAACCUCCAACUCUACCUCCCAAAGUAGAGAAACCACCAGUGUAUAAGCCACCAACCCCAGUUCAGGCACCUCCUAAGGUAGAGAAGCCACCCACUAGUCUACCUCCCAAAGUAGAAACUCCAGCACCACCAAAGCACUUGCCAUCACCACCUUAUGGUCACUAUCCAGGACACCCUCCAGUGGAGAAAGGUCAAGAUCCUCACAAGUCACCCCGCAAGAUUCUGCCUCCUCCAACACCAUACAAGAAGCCACCUUCUUCUGCCUAGAGGCUUUCAUCACCUAUCCAUUACAUCUGAGGUGUAGGGUGAACGUGGAUAGAUUAAUCACUAGAAAUAAGAGCUUAGCAGUACUCAUUAUUAUGCUUCCUUGUGUGCGACGAACUGAUGAUUAAGAAUAAGCUUACUUAUAUAUGUCAUUAGUCAUUGCAGACUUGCAGUGUUGCUUUCUGUUUGUAACUGCUAAGCAUGAUAUCAAUUUUCUAAUUUAAAGCAGUGAGUUUCAUCGCCAAUAUUUUAUA